AAUAGUUUAUAUACAGAAAAAAAAAAAAAAACCAAUUGCCAUAUUAUCACAUCCUAUUAAUUAUUAUACACUAUACUUUUAAUUAUAAGUUAGGUUCUAUUUCUCUACAAUAACAAAAAGAAAAUAUUGUCAAAUUCAAAAAUUUAUUUAUUUUUAUUUUAUUAUUUUUUAUUGUUUAAUUUUAUUUUUAUAUAAUUUUAUUUUUUUUAAAAAUUUUAUAUAUUUUAAAUCCAACAGACAGUAUUUUGCAUAAAAGGAUAAAAUAUUUAUUAUGAUUUUUAAUUAAUUAAUUUAUUUUUUUAUUUUAUUUUUUUAUUUUUUUUUAUUUUUUCUUUUUCAAAAAAACAAUAUAAAUAUUUAAAUUUAUUAUUUUUUUUAUCCAAUCAAUCCAAAUCAACCAAUUAUACUUUUUUUUUUUUUUUUCUAUUUUUGUUUUAUCUUGGGUUUUUUUUUUUAAAAAAAAAUUUAAAAGUUAUAAAAAAAAAUUUUAUUUUUUUUAAAUAAAGAUAAUAGUAGUAGUUACAAUUAAAAAAAAUUUAUAAUAAAAAAAUCAAAAUAAAAUAGAGCCUCAAAUAUAUCAUAAAAUCUCAAACAUCCCCCAAUAAAUAUAAAAAAAAAUAACCUCAGCCCCUUAAUACAAAUACCUCAAAAAAUUUUAAAAGAUUUUGACAUAUCUUACAAUACCUCCAUCCAUUUUGGUGAAGUUUUAAUUAAAUACAGUUUUUUUGUUGUAUUAAAGCUAUAGAGGUAAAAUAACUUUGAAGAAAAUAACAAUUGUUUUAUUAUAUAUAAAAUAAAAGUUUAUUAAAUUUAUUAUAGAAAAAAUGUACUUGCUUAUAGGUUUAAUUAUAUUUUUAGCAUAUAUCGCUUAUCAUAAAAGCAGAACAAGCGGUAUGCCCCCUGGACCAUUCCCAAUGCCAAUUAUUGGAAAUUUACAUCAAUUAGGAAAAUCACCUUAUAAAUCAUUAAAAGCAUUUUCCGAUAAAUAUGGAGGUUUAACAACUAUCUUCUUAGGAAGUGUUCCUACUGUAUUAAUUAGUGAUACCAAUUUGUUAAGAGAAAUUAUGAUUAAAAACAAUGACCAAAUUAUAGAUAGAUAUAUCUCUGAUAGUGGUUUGAUUAUUGGUCAAGAAAGAAAUCUUUUGUUCUCGAAAGGUUCAUUUUGGAAUAAAUAUAGAAAAGUAUUUUCUCAAGGCAUGAAUAAUGCAAGAAAAUACAAUAUUUCUUCGAGAAUUGAUCAACAGGCUAUAAAUUUAAAUACCUAUUUUGGUACAUAUGCAAGCUCUGGGCAACCAAUAAACCCACACGAUUAUAUUAGAAGAUAUAGUUUAAACGGUGUUAUUGAUUAUUCAUUCAGUGAUUCAGUUGAAUAUGAUUCAGAUUCACAUCAUAUUGUAAUUAAAGCUGCCGAGAUUAUGGAAGAAAUUUUAGCUACUGGUAAUCCACACGAUUAUUUACCAUUUUUAAAACCAUUCUAUGCUAAAAAAAGAGGUAUGUUGGGAUAUGCUGUUAGUCAAGUAUGGGACUAUUGUUUAGAUGCCAUAACAGUUCAUAGAAAAACAUUAAACGAAGAAAAACCACGUGACCUUUUGGAUCUUAUUUUAAUGGAAAUUGAUAAAAGCGACGAAAAGGAAUUCUUUGACGAUGACUCUCUUGCAAAAUGCUUAACUGAUUUAAUCGUUGCAGGUCAUGAAACUGUUGCAAUUACUCUUGGUUGGAUGUUAUUGUUUUUAGUAAAUUUACCAGACGUUCAAGAAAAAGUCUAUCAAGAAUUGGUUAAUGCUGUAGGUAAAGGCAAUUUACCAACCCUAGCACAUAGAAAAGAUACUAGCUAUUUAAAUGCAUGUAUUCAAGAAACCAUGAGAAUCCGUACAGCUGCUCCUUUAGCAUUACCAAGAAUCGCAAACACUGAUAUAAAAGUUGGUAACUAUGUAAUUCCAAAGGGUACACAAGUUAUGAUGUCUGUAUUUGGUUUAGCUUCAGAUAAUAAAUAUUGGGAUGAACCUGAAAAAUUCAAACCAGAGCGUUGGAUCUCAUCCGGUGCUGAAGGUGGCAAUGUUUCAUCAGAAGCUUUUAUUCCAUUUGGUGUAGGCCCAAGAAUGUGUGUUGGUAUGGGUGUAGCUAAAGAUGAACUUUAUUAUUGUGCAUCUCAAAUGUUUAUGAAUUUCAAAUGGACAUCAGUUGAUGGUAAACAAAUUGAUGAUGAGGGUGUUGCCAGAAUUGCACUCGAAUAUAAACAAUAUCAAGUUAAACUUGAAAGAAGAUAAAAUAAUAGAUAAUAAUAGUUAAAUUAUAAUAACCAUAGAAAUUUUAUUUUAAAAUUAUUAUAAAAUAACAAUCAUUUUAAAAAUAAAAAAAAAGUAAAAUAAUUUUUUU